AUUGUUUACAUUUUUAAUUCACUAUCUUCGUAAAAUUAAUUUGAAGGUUAAAAUAAUUGAAAUGUCGCAAGAAAAUUUGACUUUUUUGUCAAAUCUUUUAAACAUUUCCUUAGAUGAACUCAAAAAAAUUGAGAUUCCUGAAAAAAGUGUCAUUGUUACUUCAAUUAGAGAUGUUCAUUUAUCAACACUCGAAGAGGAUCCACCUGUUACACGAAAAUGGGAUGAAUAUCGUUACGAAAUACAAAGGGUCGAAUAUAUUUGUCAGGAUUGUUUGAGUUCGUUUAGUUCAGCAGAGCAACAUAGACAGCAUGUACUGUCUAGUCAUACGGACAUAAAGAUUAUAAAAACUGAAGAGUGUGAAUUUAAAACCCAAGAUUGCAACCCGACUGUUUGCAACAAAGAUCAGACUCGUAAAUUAGCAACUGAAAACCCGCAUGACAUAAAUCGUCAUGUCCAUCAUCACGGUCAUCAAUCAGAAGACAAAAAGUUAAUUUAUUGCUCAACCGAAAAAGAACUCGAGUGUUUAUUUUGCAGAAAAAUAUUUACUAAUAAAAAAACUUUGAUGCUUCACUUGGAGACCCAUAAGACAGGUGAUAAUUAUCACUGCGAUAUCUGUCUUUAUACAACAAAAUUUUUCUGGACUUUCAAAAACCACAUGAACCAACACAUCAGUCCUGGACUGUUGAUUUGCUAUGAAUGUGGUGACUCAUUUGUAAACAAAUCAUUAAUAAAGAAACAUUUGAAAUCUCAUCACAAGUCCAAGUUUCGAAAUUCUAAUCGCUACCGACGUUCGAAAUCUUCCAAACGAUUGACAGAGGAAUGUCCGUUCUGCAAAAAAAAAAUUUUCGGUAAACGCAAUUUGACACUACACAAGAAAUCCUAUAAAAAAGGAAAUCAUUUUCACUGUAACGUCUGUCUUUAUAAGACAAAAUAUACUCGAAACUUAGAAAGGCACACCAACAAGCACUUGAAUUAUGAAUUAUAUAUAUGUUACCAUUGCGGUAGGUCACAUAAAUUCAAAGCUUCAUUAGAAAAACACUUGUUUUAUGAGCAUGGCCUCCAGAUUCAGUUGAUUGAUAAUCUUCAGUAUCCAGAGAAUCGUGUUGGUAAAAACCCGAGGGAUUUACUCGGCCAGAAAAAAUUAUCGAAUGCUGAUAGUUUGAAAUUUGUUGAUGCAAAGCAUAAAAAAGUGACUUAUCAAUGCGAUGUGUGUCUCUAUACGACAUCUGCUAAGUAUAAUUUGGACCGGCACAUCAGGACACACGAGACCAAUAAAAGAUAUUUCUGUUUUCAUUGUGGCGCAUCAUAUAAAAUAAAAGCAUCAUUGGUCAAACACUUGAACUUUCAUCGUGAUUCGAAAUCAAAAUCGAUUAAUCAUCAUCAGCAUCGGAUCAAUCACAUAAAACAAAACUGUACGUGUUUAGUUUGUCAGAAAAAAUUUCCGGAUGUUAAAAGUUUGUGUCGCCACAAAGGGACACAUAAAAAAGGAAAUAAUUAUCAUUGCAAUGUAUGUCUUUAUAAGAUACCUACAUUACAUAACUUUGAUAGGCACAUGAAGAAACACAUUAAUGAUAAAUUGUAUACAUGCUAUCAUUGCGGAAAAUCAUUUAAAAAAAAAAAAUUAUUAAAAGGUCACUUGAAUUCUCAUCGUGAUCCUAAUUCUCAAUUUAUUAAUCAUCAUAAUGCAAAAAGUGCUAUAAAUAAGAAGCUCGUGUGUUUAUUUUGCCAGAAAAAAUUUUCAGACAUUAUAAGUUUGGAACAACACAAAGAAACCCAUAACAAGGGAGAUAAUUAUCACUGCAAUGCAUGUUUUUAUAAGACGAAGGAUACUCGAGACUAUGAAAGUCACAUCAACAAGCACAUGAACGAUGGAUUACAUACUUGUUAUCAUUGCGAAGAAUCAUUUAGAAUAAAAGCGUCAUUGGAAAAACACUUUAAUUUCUGUCAUAAUCCUAAUUUUUGGGCGAUUAAUCGUCCGAAUUUAAGGAAUAGUUAAAAUAAAGGACUGAAGUAUUCAUUUGAAAUUUCACGACGCCAAAUAUAUAAAAGAAGAAAUGAUUAUUAAAGUGAUUUUGAAAAAAUCAUUAAUGAACACGUGACUUAAAAUUUACCUGUGCUAUUAUUAGUGAUUAUUUGAAAUUUAAUCGCGAUUUCAAAUUACUUGAGUUAUUUUCAUAACUCGGACUCUUAAGAUACUGAUCGAUCAUGUUCAGUAAAUCAAUCAAAUGUUUUUCUAUUUUUUUUUACUACUCAAUUGAAGAGAUAAUAAGUAAUUAAAUAGAUAAUUUAUAUUAUCGAAUUAGUUAUAAUCUUUAUAUUCACUUUUAUAAAAUUAUUUUUUAUGAUAUUAAGAAGCUAUUGGUUUAAUCAUAAGAAGAAAUGAAU